AUGGCAACACUACCACCAAUGGGUUGGAUGACAUGGCAACGAUUUCGAUGUCAAAUUGAUUGUCACAACUACGCAGAUGAUUGUAUUAGUGAAAAGUUGAUUAAACGUACUGCUAACAGACUAGUAUUAGAUGGUUGGAGAGAUUUAGGUUAUCGUUAUGUAAUAAUAGAUGAUUGUUGGCCAGAACGGAAACGGGAUUCGAAGACAAACGAAAUAGUUGCAGAUUAUAAACGAUUUCCGAAUGGCAUUAAAAGUGUUGGACAUUACUUACAUUCUAAACAUCUACUAUUUGGCAUAUAUCUCGAUUAUGGAACUCAAACAUGUGAAGGUUAUCCAGGAAGUAUGAAUUAUUUGGAGGUGGAUGCCGAUAGUGUGGCUAAAUGGGAAGCAGAUUAUGUAAAGAUGGAUGGAUGUAACAGUCCGCAAAAAAGUAUGUCAGAGGGCUAUGGAAAGUUUUCCAAAUUAUUGAAUGCAACUGGCAGACCAAUAGUGUUCUCAUGCAGUUAUCCUGCUUAUAUUCCUUGGAUGAAAAAUACUAGUUUGAUUGACUGGAAGAGACUGAUAAACAAUUGUAACUUGUGGCGUAUGCUGGGCGACGUUCAAGAUAGUUGGUCAUCGGUUAUUAGUAUUAUAAACGCAUAUAAACUCCAAAAUGAUGUGUUACCGAAGUUGGCUGGUCCAGGACAUUGGAAUGAUCCUGAUAUGUUGUUGAUGGGAAACUUCGGUCUUUCAGAUGAUCAGAAACGAGUUCAAAUGGGUAUGUGGUGUAUGUUUGCUGCUCCACUAUUGAUCUCAGCUGACAUGGAAAAGUUAGAUAAUUUCAGUGUAUCUCUGUUACGUAAUGCACGUUUAUUGGCUAUAGAUCAGGAUAAAGGUGGACAUCAGGCGGAAUUCAUCAGAUCACGAAAUGAUGUACAGAUGUGGAUGAGACAAUUAGAUGGAGAUCCAAUUGGUUGA